ACAGUACUUCACUCACAACUCACACUUAGCCACCAUCACAAGUACUUCUAGUUUCUAUAUCAAUUUUGCAAUAUCAAUGGGUUCAUUUUUGCAAUGUACCUUCCUACUCGCAAUGCUGCUUUUCUCGGUUGGACUAACAUCAGCGAACUCGGCUACUGAGUUCUACUGGAAAGCAAAGCUUCCUUUCACCCCAAUGCCAAAAUCAGUAAUAGAUUCUCUAGCUACCGAAGAUAAUGAUGAUGUGUGGCUAUCUACACACAACAAAGCUCAUAACUGGACUCAUUCUUAUGAAGUUAUGCUCAAGGGAUACGAGGGGGGUGGGCAUUGUCAUACUGAUUCUAUGAUAAACACCGACUUUAUAACAUCAACAUUCUUCCUCGAGAAGGACUUAAGCAUGGGAUCUAGGCUAAGUGUGCAUUUUAGAGACAAUGUUGGCAGCGUCAACACCCGGUUUCCAUCCCCACGCUUGGCUCAAGCACUGCCGCCCUUCAAAAGCAGCAGCCUCUCGAACAACCUCCGCUUCUUUAAUGCAGAACCCGAGUCAGACGCAGCCAUGUUCAUGAACCUCACACUCAACACAUGCGAGCACCCCAACCCCAUCAACGGAAAGAAGCAAUAUUGUGCCACUUCCUUGGAGAAACUAGUCUCCUAUGUUACUUCCACUCUUGGAGGGUCUCAUGAUGUGAGGACAAUCUCGGCUUCUCCGAGCGGGUCUCCCCAUCGUGAUGCACUCCUACCGUACAAGGUGGUUGGGGUUCGUGAAGUGGCGACCGAGAAGAACAUGGUGGCAUGUCAUAGGUUGGGAUUUCCCUAUGCCGUGUACUACUGUCACCAGCCUAAGGCUACGACCGCGUAUACUGUUUCUCUUGUUGAUGUUAUGAAUGGUGUUAAAUCAGAUGCGUAUGCUGUUUGUCAUAGCCAAACCUCGGAAUGGAGUCCUGAGUAUGUUGGGUUCAAGAUUCUUGGUGCUAAGCCAGGGACUCAUGUUUGCCAUUUUCUUCAGUUUCAUGAUGUUGUCUGGUACCGUGGUUGAUUAAUCUUGAAAUCGCUCAACAUGCUAGCUUUGUACUUUGUCUAAAAAGCAUUCUAUUAGACCUUUACCAACUGCCUAUGUAAUUUCAGUCUAGCUCGCUAGCUUAUCAAGCCAUUAACUGGCAUGUAUAUUUGAUUUACCGAGUAAAGGACUAUGAAUAAUGAUGAUGAAGGCAUGAAGCUCUAAUUCAGUUAA